AUGGUUUCGAACCUCUUCGGUGUUCUACGGCGGAAACUGCGAAAUCCACAUUUCGAAGCAAAGGGAACCGCGAAUGUUCAUGGAAAGGACAAUUGGUUAGAUAAUGAUGAUAUUCGACCUUUAAAAUUAGCCGAUCGUACCUGGAACGUUUGGACUUAUCUUACCUUUUGGUUUUCUGCAACUUCGACGGUUUCAACAUGGUAUGCGGCUUCGAGUGCCCAAGCUUUGGGAUUGAGUAUGUGGGAAUCGGUUCUGUGUGCUUUUGGUGGUCAAUGUUUAAUUGCUAUUGUCAUCGUAUUCAAUGGUAGAUCGGGAGCUGUGUAUCACAUUGGUUACCCUAUACUAAACAGAGCGGCAUUUGGUGUCUUCGGUGCAUGGUGGCCUACUUUCAAUCGUGCUGUGAUGGCUAUUGUUUGGAAUGGUGUCAAUGCGGUCCAAGGAGGCGAAUGCAUUUAUGUUAUGCUUCAUACCCUCAGUCCACGUGUUGCCAACUUCAAGAAUGUCAUGGGAGAGGGAUCGGCUCUUGAUUCGGGCGGUAUGCUUGGACUUGGAAUCUUUUGGAUUCUCACUUGCUGCUUUCUUAUUAUUCCUGUCCCAAAGAUGAAAGGUCUUGUAUACGCCAAACUUAUCGUCUUUAUCAUUUCUGCGAUUGCUAUGUGCGCAUGGACUUUGACCAUGGCAGGUGGCAUCGGACCUGUCGCUCGUCAACCAGGUACUGUCAAAGGUUCAGAACGUUCAUGGCUUCUCGUACGAUUCAUACUUCUUGGAGCUGCAAAUUGUGCCACAUUUGCUUCCAACGCGGCCGAUUUCCAACGUUAUGCACGUAAACCAAACGAUGUUAUCUGGGGAAACUUAGUCGGAUUUCCCAUCUCCAAUUUAAUCGUAUCUAUCAUCGGUAAUCUAGUAAGCUCUUCGAGUCAAGUACUUUUCGGCGAAAUCAUCUGGUCUCCCCUUACAUACCUUGACCAAAUUCUUGAACGAACAUAUGAUGGUCCAACUCGAGCUGGGUGCUUCUUCAUCGCCGCUUGCUUCGCUUAUUCCGCAAUCUUCUCUUCGAUCUUUGAAAAUUCUAUUCCAGCUGGAAAUGAUAUCGCUGCUCUUUUCCCAAAAUAUAUAUCCAUCCGUACCGGUUUCUUCAUCUGCGCCGUCAUCUCCAUAGUAAUUCAACCCUGGUACCUCCUCAAAUCGGCCGUAAUCUUCAUCUCUUUCCUUGCCUCCUACCAAAUUUUCCUCUCAGCCAUCACCGGCGUUCUUCUUUGCCACUACUUCGUCAUCGCCCGCGGUUUCCUAAAAAUCCCAGAUCUAUACACCUCGGAUAAAAAAGCCGCGUAUCAUUACAAAGGCGGCUGGAAUUGGCGCGCGUAUGCAGCAUAUAUCAUUGGUAUCAUACCUAACUUCUACGGCUUUCUGAAUAACAUGGGAGUUAAAGCUCCAAUGGGUGUCACACGAGCAUACUACUUUGCGUAUCCGAUUGGACUGUUUGUGAGUUUUCUGGUCUAUUGGGGACUUUGCUGGUAUUGGCCGGUGGAAGUUCAAUAUGCGCUUUCGGAGUGGAGAGAGGUUAAGGAUUAUGUGAGAGAGGAAGAGAGAACAGAGGGGGUGGCGAGUGGAUGGGGAAGUAUGGCGAGUAGAGAGGAAGCGGGAGAGGGAGCUGGAGGGACGCCGGAAAAAGAUAACUCGAAUGUGAGAGAGGAGAAAAAUUGA